AUGGAUGAUGAAGAAAAGUUAACUGCUACAGAGUUUAUAAAUUGGGCAAAUUCCAUUUUCAAAUUAGAAAAGGAUAAGUGUUUGUAAUUCUAACCAAAUAAUGAUUAAUCAUUAACAAGCACAUUAAAAAAUGAUACUAGUCAAUAAUCAAGUAGCCAGAUUAAUCGAUUCACCUACAGCACUAGGUAGUUGACUAGAAUGAUGAAUGAAAACUAUCAUUUGUAUUCAUAAUUCAAAUAUCCAAAUAUUACGAAUAAAAUGGAUAGCUUUUUAAUAAUUCAAAAGUAAUUAUUUAAAUUGAUUUUUAGAUGA